AUGACGUGGGAAACGGAGAUCCCCGGUCUGCCUGACGAGUUCAUCUUCCAGAGCCUGGUGAAAGUCGCCAACGAGCAUCUUGAGAGCGACGCAGUCACUCUUUACGACCACCGGACUAAUUCGAACACUAAUUGCGCCGACCUCCUCGCUGAUAUCCUAGGCCUACAAAAAGCUGUAUUGGAUAUACUAACACCUGAAGCUCGUUCUGCUCUUCGCGCCGGUCAAGCUGAUGAUUUGCCUGGGCCUGAGAUCGCCCGCUUCAUCGAGGAUACCAAGGCCUCUGCCGUCCUCCUGGCAAGCCAUGCCCGGGUAACAAGACAGUCACUUUCUGAUCUCGCAACGUGUCCUGCUCUUAACAUUCAACAAUCUCUCCCCCCUCGGCCGCUCUCUCGAACCGAACAGUUCACAGUCAAUCCCGCUCAUCGGCCCGAUCCUAAAUCUAUCGGGACCGUCAUGUUCACAAGUGGCAGCACUUCCCGGCCCAAGGGGGUCCUCCACUCACGAGAAACAAACAAUAAGAGGGUGAGCGAUGUUUUGGACGCCAAACUCAUAGCCAACCUAGCUUCGUUGAUGACUUCUGCGCCUGGUUCGGGGGCGACAGGGAGUCUAUACUCGCUGGCUUAUAUUGUCUUGGGCGGUAUAGUCCAUUUCCCACCGGCCGUGUGGACGCCUCGGUGGGCAUGGGAGCUGAUCCGCACUGGAACCGUGUCGUCUCUGGUGGACUUUCCGAAUGUCUAUCAGGAGCUAAUCGAAUUCUACUGGGAGAACCUGGCGUUUCUUCCACCCGCAGAGAAAGAUGCCUAUCUUGGCGGACUGCGGAGCCUGGUCUAUGCCGGUGUCAUAGGGUCAACCGUCCCAGAGCCGAUGCGACAACGCUGGCUGGCUAUUCCUAACGCACCCAGGUUGAUCAACACCUAUGCUGCGACGGAAGUUGGGCAUAUCUGCCUGACUAUCCCCACUGAUGAAGACUUCUCCAACAACUGCGUGGGAUACUUGGAGACCGGGGUUGACGUAAAGCUUGGAGAAGGACCGCUGUCGGAGCUGUACCUCAACCGGCCAGAUCUCACCAAGCAAGCCUUUGAUGACGAAGGCUACUACCGCACGGGCGAUAUAGUCCGGCGCGAAGGUGGGAAAUACUACAUCAAAGGACGCCUUCGGGUCGAUGUGGUCCAGAUUGAUGAGCACCUAGUCUUCGUGGCGGACAUUGAGGCCGCCGUCAUGUCCUUGCCGUAUGUUCGACAGAUCCAUGUGGUGCCUCUCCCGACGGCCAGAUCACAACAGGCGGUGGCAGCCAUCCUUCGUCCUAGAGAGGGUACUAUUCCCCCUUCUGAGAUCACGAUCGACCGUCUUCGAGAGGACCUCCGGCGGACAGGGCUUGAAGAACAUCAACUGCCGACUGUUCUUCGGGUUACUGAUCCAUCCAUUCCACUACCCAUUGUCGGGGGAGGCAAACCGGGAAAAACCAAAACCCUCAAGCAGUACUUCCCUGAAGGCUAUAGAGUGGAAUACGAGUUGGAGAAAGCAUGA